UGAUGAUGAAAAAUAAUGAAAGAUGUUCCUAUUAGGAAAACAAGUCAAUUAACUGUAAUCCUCUCUCUUCCCUUAUUCCUUUUCGCCGGCGUCUGAUUCCUGCCGACGAUGUUUCUCCGUCGAAGCGCCGUCGUCUAUACACUACUCUUCACCAUAACAGCCUCCUCCUUAGUCGCAGCUCAGAACUCUUCAUGUCCUCUCGACUUUUCCGUUCUGCAACCGUUCCGGCGACCUAGCCCCGACGGCGCCACCACCUGCCAAUACCUCCUCCAAGGUCUGCGUCUCCUCUACUCUCACCAUCUCCGGCAGACUGGCUCUUUCCUCCCGCCGUCCGAUUCAGCCGCCUCUUGCUGGGCUGCUUUACAGUCGUCGAUCGCCGGAUUUCUCCCUCGCUUCGAUGUCCGGUCUAGAUGUGGUUUCCAGACGCCGUGGAUCUCACAGGGAUGCAUGAACAUCACCACCAGGUCUCAAUUCGAAUCCCUAAUCCCUAAUUCCACUCUCACCACGGCCGUGAUGCGCUGCAACCUCUCCCUUGAGAGCAAUACACCUUGCGCCUCCUGCACUCAGAGCUUGUCCUCGUUUCAGGCCUUUCUCACCGGAACUUCCGUCGGAAAUGUCUCCGAUUGUGCAGCUUUCCCGUCGAUUUACGCCGCUGCUCACGCUAACCGGUACGGCCCUACGGACAAAGGCACAGCGAAAUGCUUGUUUCAGCUCGAUCUGGCUUCUGGAAGCUCCGGGAAGAACGGGAAGAAGAUGGUGAAGAUAUUAGUUCCAUUACUUGCUGCUGUGUUGCUCGUUGCCUCUGCUUGGCUCUUCUGGUAUUACAGGAGGAAAAGGAAAGAUUUUGAUCGGAGGAAGAUGAAGAAGCAGCGAGAUAGUUUAGAAGCGGGUAUUACUCAAUCUAGGCUAGACUCAAUGAGCGGGAGCACAACUUUGGUUAAAUUCAGCUUCGAAGAGAUCAAGAAAGCGACCAACAGUUUCUCAAGGAACAACAUCAUAGGCAGGGGAGGUUACGGGAACGUGUUCAAGGGCGUGUUGCAAGACGGCACCGAGGUUGCUUUCAAGAGGUUCAAGAACUGUUCCGCUGGUGGUGACGCCAACUUCGCUCAUGAAGUUGAGGUCAUCGCGAGCAUACGCCACGUGAAUCUUCUGGCACUGAGAGGCUACUGCACAGCGACUACGCCUUACGAAGGUCACCAGAGGAUCAUAGUGUGUGAUCUUGUGAGUAAUGGUAGUCUCCACGACCAUCUCUUUGGAGACUUGGAGACUCAGCUUUCUUGGCCUUUAAGACAGAGGAUCGCGCUUGGGAUGGCGAGAGGACUGGCUUACCUACACUACGGAGCACAACCUUCAAUCAUCCACAGGGAUAUCAAGGCUAGUAACAUUCUCUUGGACGAGAGGUUUGAGGCCAAAGUUGCAGACUUUGGACUAGCCAAGUUCAACCCUGAAGGAAUGACUCAUAUGAGCACGAGGGUCGCAGGAACAAUGGGGUACGUAGCGCCAGAGUACGCUCUGUACGGGCAAUUGACAGAGAAGAGCGAUGUGUACAGCUUUGGUGUGGUGCUUCUAGAGCUUCUGAGUAGGAGAAAGGCGAUUGUGACAGACGACGAUGGCCAGCCUGUGUCGGUGGCUGACUGGGCGUGGUCAUUGGUCAGAGAAGGGCAGACUUUGGACGUGGUGGAAGACGGGAUGCCUGAGAAGGGAUCUCCGGAGGUUUUGGAGAAGUAUGUGCUGAUAGCAGUGCUUUGCUCUCACCCUCAGCUACACGCAAGACCAACAAUGGAUCAAGUGGUGAAAAUGCUGGAGAGUAAUGAGUUCACUGUUAUCUCUAUACCUCAACGACCAAUCCCUCUGGUGGCUCGUAGGGAUGAGAUUGACCUCUCUGUUAGUAGCAGCAGCGGCUCUGGGAAGCUGACUAGCCCCACGGGAUAUCAAGCCUUCUCUUUCGGAGCUGAUGCAUCCCAACACAAAUAGCUCUUAUGUUUUUUCUCCCAACUUGUAAAUAGUGUUAGUGUGCAUUUAAUUCAUUCUUUGAUGAUGGUUCUCCUCUGUCACUUACGCAUGAUAUACCGCUCCAAUAAAUUCAU